CCACAAUUCAGCCCAAAAUUUCCAUCGCUGAGACAUUCCCCCCCCACAUUUGAUGACCUUGCUUGCCAUGGUUGGUAAGUGAACCACUGCAGUCGUUAAGUUAGCCACCCGGUCGUUAAGCGAAUCCAGCUUCCCUGUUGACUUUCCUCGCGAGAAGCUCGCCAGAGCGGAUCCCAUGAUCCACAGGGACCCCGCGACCGUCGUAAAUACGAGGCGGUGGCCAUGCCUCUGAAUUUUGGAUCACGGGGGGGAUGCCGCACAGUCUUAUGACAAAUGGACCGUACGCUACUUUUGUCCGUGCCACUGUAACCUGGGUCACUAACUGAAGCGUCGUAAGUUGAGGACCGCCUGUAAAAUGGAAAUUAAAAAAGUCGGGCAGAGGGGAAGCAGGUGGAUGUUUAACCACUCGUGUUUUAAUAUUAGCAGCUGUGUAACAGAGCAUACUUGAGCCAGAGUUAAUAAGUCAUCCACUGGUAAUUAAUUAAACCAUUGUUUUAAUUAGGGGGAAUAGAUGGGGAAACUCAUUACAUUUGCAGACGACACCAAGCUAGCAAGAACUAACCCUAACUGAUCCACUGCGGUGAUUCAGUUAACAACCGUCGGCAAGAAAAGUCGUGAAAUGGAUGCAAACUCAAAAAUAUUUCGCUGAGCAACAGAAAGUUUGGAUUCUAUUGUGGUCAUAAAUCGAGGAUUACCUGUAUAUACCCGAUUGAUGGAUUUAAUUUAAAGUCCAUCCUGAUUGCAGGAGGUCCUCGACAUACAACGCAGGCAGAAAAAAAUGGCAGCAUGCCCAAUUUCUGGCUUCCCUCCUUUUAAUCCGGUUGCUGCCCGCUUGGCUGCUCUUCUUGCAAAGGCUCCGCAGCAUAAGAUAUACCUCCUUCUUUUCAAGAUCAUGGCUGCCGGCACAGGUGGCCAGAAGACGACAACAGCUGCACACCUGACAGCAGGACGGGAGAAGGCUGACUCGCUGGCAGGCAAGUACCACAUCCGGAAGUACGAGGAGAGAGACUAUGAGAUGGUGCUGGCAUUUUACAUUCAAGGGAUCCGGGAACACAUCCCUCGCGCGGUCUGGAAAUCCUUCAGCCGUCCUCAGCUACACCUGGCGCUUCUGGCCGUCUUCCUCCUGACCUACCUCUGCUGGGCUUCCGUUAUCACCUCCCUGGCGGUCGUCUCCCUCCUCUUGACGGCCGGCGCCCUUCACAUGAAGAGGCUGUGGGAUGAAUAUCUCCAUCACGCCCUCACCACGGACAUGAUGGACAUCAGGAGGACUUAUCUGGAGCCAAAGGAUUGCUGCUUCUGGGUGGUGGACACCGGAGAGGAAGUGGUAGGCAUGGUGGCCGUCAUCCCUCCAUCCUGGUGGAACAACGCCCAGGAAUUGAUACGCCUUUCCGUGAAGAAGGAGCAUCGGAGACAAGGGCUUUCCAAAGCCCUCGUCAAGACCGUCAUCCGGUUUUCUGAGGAGCACGGCUACCAAGAAGUCGUCUUGGGGACCUCCAUGGUCCAACAUGCAGCUCAUCGGGUCUACGAGAGCAUGGGCUUCCACAAGGUCCUGGAGACGUAUCCCUUUCCCCUUGCUAAGUUGGUAGGCUUUUCCGUCUACUGGUAUUACUACAAAAUCCCCGACGCUCCCUGAGGUCACAAUUCACCUCCCGCAAAGGAGAAGCGAAUUCUACAUUUGGACCUGGUGGACUCUGCAGGAUCGCUGGGUCAACUUUCUCCUGGUGGGAGUUGAGCCAACUCUCGGAAGAGGCUGUGCGUGAGCUGAAGUUGGCUUCCCAACAGAAGGGCCUUUGAACUCUCUGCUGUCUGUCUGGGUUAACAGGCCUGGCAGGAUAGAGCCGAGGUGGCACAGUGAUUAGGGUGCAGUACUGCAGGCCACUUCAGCUGACUGCUAGUUCUGCAGC